GGGGAACCCCAUGUCAACGUCAGCAGAUCCUGUAGAUGCAAGUUCGUGCUUUAUUCUCGAUUUUACUUACUACGCACUACACCCAUCCAGUCGAUCUAUUCAGUCCAGACGGCGAGCAAGUAGCAAAUAAAUUGUGGCAGUGUUUCAUUCAAAUCAUUUUUAAUAGUUCGGAUAUGGCUUGCGGGCUGGAUGUCGCCGAUUUAUUUCGCAGGUUAGAUCUACGGGACAGUAAAGAUUUCGUUAUUAAAAUCCGCAGAGAUGUCACGAUAGUAGAGGAAAUCAUUUUCGCAGCUGGUAAGAUCGGUUAUCGCACCUAUGACUUCGAUUUUUCCAAGCCGUACACCACAAAGGACGUCACUCGCAAUGUUGGUGCUCGUGCCCGUUUUUCCGGAUUACCUCAUAUUCUUUACAUACUGAGGAUUCAAAACCCAUAUCUAUAUGCUGCGUUCCUGCUGAAAAAGCAACAGAAAGGUGGCACCGCCACUGUGGAAAAGUUAUUCCAUGGUACCAGAAUAGAAAAUGUCGAGCCGAUUUGUACAAACAACUUGAAUUACCGCUUGAGAGGGAGGUAUGGACAUUUGGGAAAUAAAUAUGGUAACGGGGUGUCGUUUUCUCCAUCUAUAGAGUAUGCCAAAAUGUUUCCAAGAAGAGUUUAUGACAAGAAAGCUAUGUUUAUCGUCAGAGUAAUGAAACAAGGGCAUUGCACAGGAUCCUUGGGGUUAGAAAUCCCACCAACUGGUAUGGAUACAAGUAUAAGCAGAGAUGGAAACGUGUGGGUGAAAUAUUGUGAUAAUGAAUUUUAUCCAGCUUAUGUCGCCUAUUAUUCGUCAUAGGACCGGCGCCCUCCUAUCGGUAUGUUUUUCUAAAACCGAUGUAUAUUUUCCUAUUUUAGUGCUGUCCCAAAAUGUCAAUGGCCACAAAGCUUGAGAGACUCAUCUUCAAAGAUUUACAUAACCUCAAAGGUGUACAUUUUGACUGACCAGAGUAUGUAUGGUAUAUAUUAUGCACUUGCUGACGAUCGAAACUAGCUUGGUGUUAACCUCUUUGACAGGUAAGUCAAAAAACGGUAGAUGACAGUUGAGUUGAGACCAUGAGAUACAUAGGAACACUUGAGUACGUACUAGUAAUUAUCGUGCGUUUUCGGUAUAUAUGAUAUAAUCCAGUAGGAAUAUCGGCCUCCUUGAUUUUCAAGGUAUUUUCUCUACUUCAGAGAGGCUAGGGUAUUUCUAGGUUUCAACUGUUCUGUCAGCGCUUUCCUAUUGUGUUUUAUUUUCGAAUCUAGAGAAAUUUCAUGCAGAUUUAUAACAGAUGAUAAAAGUAAAGUUUUAUCACCCUGAAAUUUCUUAGGAUUCAAAAAGAAAAUAUAACCUCAAAAUAGAGCGCUGAUACGAAACAGUAUAAAUCUAGAAAUACCCCUGCCUUUCUGAAGGCUAGGAAAAACUAUAAAAAUCAUGUCCCUUUUUUCGUACAGGCUGUCUGGAGGAGUGAAUACUUAUGCUCAUCUGGUUGUUUCAGGCUAAAAUUAAUUAAGAGAUUGGUUCUUGUUGAAAAAUUGUAAUUUUGCUUGAACCUAGAGUCACACGAUUUAAGCCACGGUCUUGUACUCUUGUGCUCGACUGUAUAGUGCCGGCUUACCUGUCUUAGAGUCUAAGACCCAGCUAGUUUGUACACUACACACUACAUAAAUAUAUGGUGGAUAAUCUAAAUGUCUGCCCUACAUCAAUUUCUCUGCGUCAACACUGUACACAUUUGAGGCUUGAUCAAUCUUGAAGAUGACACUCUCAAGCUUUGUGCCUAUUGACACGUUUGAUGAAGAUGGAAAUAAGAAUUUGAUUCUUACGUUUUGUGGAAAAUUCAUCGAAACCCAUAGUUACCUGAAAAGAAUUUUUGUUCAAUCCUUUACUGUCCAAACAAUAGAUAUUGAUUUGUAAAAUUUGUUAUUGCCUCUCUAUUUAGGUUUGUGGAACUUGUCAACUAUGGUAAUACUAUAUUUAUUUUUCAUUAUACCAAAAAAUAUGUUUUGUAUGACGAUACCAUCCACCUUGAUUUUCUUAUGUUUUAUUCCUUUAGUUAUGUUGUAUAUUUAAAAAGCGUUUAUAAAUUUUCCUAACUCAUACAAGCCCCUAGGGUCACAUGGGAAGGACUAACGUCAUUAGGUUGAGUACAAUUAAGUUUAUAUAACCUUAUAAGGCCGACAUUAUAAACAAUGUUCUUACUUAAUCCAGUAUUAUAUGUUUAAACGAAAAAAGUAGAUUUUUUUAUUAUCCUUUUAAAUUUAUGUAUCAACCACUUUAUUUACAUGCGUAUUGAGUUAUGUAAAAUUAAAUUUUAAUUUAAUUUUUAAUACAAUAUUUAAGUUGUUUUCUAUAUGUAUUUAUUCAAUGCAUUAUUGGAAUGUUAAUUGUUAAAAGCGUUUAUAAAGUCUCCUAACUCAUACAACCCAGCUUAGACAAACCUAAUGUCACAUAGGAAGUGCUACGUCAUUAGGUUGAGUACAAUUAAGUUUAGGUGACUUUAUAAAGCAGACAUUGCACAAAGUGAUCUUAUUUACUCCAGUAUUAUAUGUUUAAACGAUAAGAGAAUUAUUUUUUUAUACCUUUAUAUAUAUAUAUAUAUAUAUAUAUAUACAGUAAUACCCCGGACUUACGCGAUAGGUGGGUCCGAACGGUUGCCGUGUAAGUCGAAUUCGCGUAAGUCGGGGUUCAAUGUUGCAUAUAAAUAUGUACAUAUAAAGUUUGUUUAAUCGGGACCAGAGUUUAAAGAAAACAAUAAUUUAGAAGAAAAAUGUUUAAUAAAGUGUAG